AUGAAAUUCAAUACCGCUUUUGUAUUAUUUUUUCUUUGCGUUUGUGUUUUUCAACUCGAUACCGGCAUUUAUGCUUUUACCCCAGUUGCAAGAUAUGGACACACUGCAGCUCUUGUUGAUAAUAAGAUUUAUUUUCAAGGUGGUAAAAGCAUGAAUUAUGAUAUUGAGAAUUUUUUUUACCUUAAUGUUUCUACGGCUUUUAAUUUGAACUAUAUUCCUUGGACCAGUCUUUCAUCAGUUAAUUAUGGUUCAUCUCGGACUAUUGGUGCAUCUUGCGUUAAUGAAGCCAAAAAUGAUUCUAUUUUUUAUAUUGGUGGAAUCACUUCAAAAAGUAGUUGUGUUGAGAAAUUUGACAUUUUUACACAAACAUGGAGUAAACCAAUUAUUUCAGGAAAGGUGCCAACUGAAUUAUUAGGAAUUCAAUGUGUCGCAUCAAAAGACGCAAUUUAUACCUUUGGAGGAAAUUCACUAAAUCACCUAUAUAAGUUAAACACUACGGAUUUAACAUGGUUAACAUUUUCAUCAUUAGAUGCACCUUCCCCACGGGUGAGAUAUAGUGCAACACUGUUACCAAAUGGUGAUGUUCUAUAUAUUAGUGGGAGGCAUUUUUCUGAUCUCUCACUCAUUUCGAUGGAAGAGAUACCGACCUAUAAUAUAAAUAAUGAUUCGUGGAGAAUAAUUACUACAUCAGGUGAAACCCCACCUCCUCGGGCUGGUCAUACGGCAAAUUUUAUACCUCAACAUAAUCAGAUUUUGAUAAUUGACGGAUGGCCAAACGUUGGAAUCGUUGCUUUAGAUACCAUAACCUUUGCUUGGUCAGUACCUGAAGUUUCAAUUUUCAGUGGAAUUUCACCAGGAUUAUUUUGGCAUACUUCUACAUUAGUUGGCAAUUAUAUUGUGGUUGCAUUCGGGGAAUAUGAGGAUUAUGAACCUUUAAGUGGUAUCCAUCUGCUUGAUAUAAGUCAAAAAAACAAUUACACCUGGGCUUCUUUAUUUCUACCUCCGAAUACAACAGUUAAUUCUUCAUCUUCGUUAGAAGUUUUUGCUACAACAGAACCCCUUCUUUCAAUGGAAUCAUCUCCUUCAACUUCUUCUAACCCCGUUGGAGCACUAAUUGGUGGAAUUAUUGGUGGUGCCGUAGUAUUAGCUUUACUAGUGACUGCGAUUUCUUUUGAAAUUCGUCGUGUUUAUAGAAAAAGACGUUCUUCUAAUAUCAAGAUUGGCCAAGAUCAAGAUUUAUCUAAUCAACAAGAUUCAGAUAACAAACCAGAAGUAUAA